AUGGCGCAGACAGACAGGCAACUGCCCCUGCGCGCCUUCGAGCAGCAACGGCAAGAUCAACAGCAGCAAACACAACCGACUUCCUCUGAGCAGCAGCAGCAGAAUGGUCGCCCGCGCAAGUCAACCCUCACGCUCGACCUGAGCAACCUCCCAGUCACGAAGCCGACCCCUCCCUCUAAUACCCUUAUAUUUACGAACCUCAUGAACCCCGAGAUCUUCCAGCCUGACAAUUUGCAAAAAUUCCGCGACGAGCUCUGCCAAGAUACCACCGUCAAGAUCAACACCUUCUCGCCGCUGAAAUCCUUCGCCCGCAUCAUCGUCUCCUUCCAAGACGAAGACGCCGCGAUCCGCGUGCGCGCCAAGUGGGACGGCACCGCGAUCCUGGGCGACCGCUGCCGCAUCUACUUCGGACAGCCCACACCCGUGGGCGCCCCGACGCGCGCCGACACACACCUGGCGCUGCCCGACGCCGGUAAGCUCUUCUUUAUCUCGCCGCCGCCUAGCCCGCCGCACGGCUGGGAGCAGCGCUGCGAGGAGCCGCCCAACAAAAUGGUGCAUGCCGAUGAUCUGGCCGAGGCGCUCGCCAAACUGAAGCAGUACCAAGAGCACGGCGGCAACGCAUCGCCGAUUACGCCAUUGUCGGUGCCCGGCGAUGGAGAGAGGAAGACUAGGAGUCGCAGCUCAACGUUAAUUUUCCAGCCUGAGGCUAUGGGGGCUAACCCGGAUCUGCCGUGUGUUACGGUCGAUGAUAUGACGGAUGACCUAGAGGAGCGUGGUGCCGCAGGAUUCCCGCCUGCACCGCGCCCGCCUGUGCCGAUUAAGCUGCUGCAUACGGCCAGGCCGCCGGUUGAGUUGAUGCAUGAUGCUUGA